AGGCCAGUUGAUGUUAUUAUGAUCUGGUCACACGAUUGUUGGGCUACGCUCUCUGAGAGAGCAGGUUACUCUCUCUCUCAGAGAGCGCUGCUUAUGAAUUUCGGGGGUUGAAAGGCACGCGGCCUGAGAGUGAGAGAUCACUGUUUUUGGAGAAGUUGAAAAGAGAAGACGUAGAUCGUGAACAAAAAGCAAGAAAGAGAACUGUAAAAUAAUAUAAGAAACAUUUAAUACGAAAUUAUAAGCAUAAAUAAAAGAAACUAAUAAAUAAUAACAUACGGCCACAAUCUCAGAAGUGGGAUCGAGGAAAAAAUUUUUUUGUGCACGCCAACUAAAAAUAACUAUAAUGGAUUUGGACAUUAAUGAAGUGACGGUGGCUCAGCUGAAAAGAUGGCUAGAGUGUUUAAACUUGUCGACGAAGGGGUCAAAAGCUGAUCUGUACUCCCGGAUAUGUGCGAUUCCACCCGAAAGCCGAGGUAGUGCUCCAAUGAUGAACCAGGUGGAGGAGGAGCAAGAAAUUCUGGACGAAGAGGCGGAAGGGGCAGCGGUGGAGAAGCGAGUGAAGCAGAAUCGGACGGAACUGGCUCGUGGCAUGGCAACUAUGGAGGAGCUGCAUCGGGAAAUCGAGAAGGCAAGGAAGGUUCUCGAGAAUCUUCAGCAGCAGAUCGACAGCGUCAGUUCGAGAACAAGCGACGCGCGACCAAGCGGCGCCAGAAACGACAUGUCUGAGCAUAACGGCGAAGUGUGCGAAAGAGAUGGCGAGCGUAGCAACGGUGCGGCAGAUGAUGUCCGUAGGAGCGAAAGAGAUGGCGAGCGAAGCGAAGCGAAUGAGGCAGAGAGGAAUGAAAGAGACGCCAGCGAGAAUUCUGGAAAUUUCGGACGAAACGACAACGGGCAAAACGGCAGCAGCGACGCUAACAGUGGAAGAGGCGUUCGAGACGAUUUUUCGUCAGCCGGAUUUGGCUUGGCAAAGGAAAUCCUAUUGGAUUUUUCGGAAAACAUGUCUGUUCGUGCCUGGGUCUCCCAAUGGGAGAAUGUUGCCAGAUUGUAUAAGCUAACGGACACCCAGAGUAGAGUUUUGCUGAUUGGAAAACUGAAAGGCAGCGCGUUGCAGUGGCUACACGCAGAUGCAACCCGGUUCGGAGAAUCGACGAGUGAGCUGGUAGACCAGUUACUUUUUGCGUUUGGUGGCAACGAGUCGAAAGCAGAGUUGAGACGCAAAUUUGAGGCGCGGCUAUGGAAGCCAACUGAGAAGUUUGCAGUCUAUUUCGAAGAAAAACGCAGGCUGGCACGAGAAGUCAACAUGGAAGAUGACGAACUGCUGGACGGACUUAUUGUUGGCAUUCCGGCGAUAAAUCUACGCAAUCAGGCCAAGCUUCAGUGUUUCGAGAACCCAGGAAGGAUGCUUAAAGCAUUUGCCAACAUAAUGUUGCCGGUAAGAGCUGCUGGAGAGAAGAAGAUGCACAACGCGAAGGAUGAGCUGGCGAUCAAGGAGACGCGUUGCUAUAACUGCAACGGUAAAGGGCACUGGGCUCGAGACUGCAUCAAAUCGAAGAGGACUCCUGGGUCUUGCUAUGGAUGUGGGGCGAUGGAUCACAUGAUCAGCAAGUGCCCCCAAAACAAGAAGGAUGCGGCAAAUAAUUACAAUGCUUGAUCGAUUCAGGAAGCCCAGUAUCUUUGAUAAAAUUUUCUUAUGUACCCAAAAAUAUUAGAUUAGAGCCUCAUGAAGAGCUAUAUUAUGGAAUAAAUAAAAGCAUACUAAGAAGUUAUGGAAAAAUGUUAUGUUAUGUAAUGAAAGAAGAAAUAAAGAUUUAUUUUAAUUUAAUUGCUGUGGCUAACGAUUCAAUGAGCUGUAAUAUUGUGCUGGGUAGGGACUUUAUGGAGGCUUGUAAUCUGAAAAUUAAUUUAGAAACUUUAAAAAUGAUCACCGUUGAGAGAAUUGAAACCCAAAUUGAUAAUAAGACAAAUAUUAGUUUAUUGAAUGACACUAAGGAAC